AAAUUUUUUUACCAAGCAACGUGAUGGGCGUUCAUGCUGCGAGGUGACGUAUUCAAUCAUUAACUCCGCUUGUCCUCCGGAGUCUAUCGCAGGUUCAGAUAUAUGCGCUCAAUAGACGAGAGAGGGAAACGGAAGGACUAAAUCCAGGAUAAAAAUAGAUUUGAACGGCCACGGACAAACGGGUGAAAGAAAACCUCUCAUCGACCACAGUUAGUUCAAAUAAUUCGUAUUUUUACUUCUUAGGGUGAGAGGGAUCAAAGUUCACUCGUGCUCGGUCCCUCAUGAGAGACAGGUUUCAGUCAAUCCGUGGUGGAAUAACAAGAUCUCAUGACGACAAAAGAGAUGACAAAACAGGACAUAUGGCAAAGUUUUUUGUGUUAAUGGCUGAAAUGAAGAUUACAUUGGGCAAAAAUAAUGGUAGUUUCACGUCUGUCCUCCAUGCCCUGAUGCUGUAAAGGGGUUCAAAUCAAAAACCAUAUUCCACUCCACCGGUCCUGGGGUGGGUGGACCACUAGUAUGGACCCCUGGCAAAAUCUGCUGUCCAGAUGUUCGGCAUGGUGGCAGAUGCAUACGCCGCAUGCUCUGAGAGCUUGUGUGUAUGAAGUGUGUAAACCUCUGGUGCCACUUCUGCUGGGCAUCGCGGCCCUGGUGGCUGUGAUUGUGUACGCUCUGGCAGAUAAUCUACACAGUUUUGUAAGCAGGAUCUUCAUUCCCCAGUAUCACUAUCCUUAUGCGGUGCCACUUGCAUUCAUACAGGUAUUUUUAAAUCUCCUGGCACUGCUAGCUUUGCACGGUGUGGGUCUGAUCCACCUGAAGCCUUUUUCACUGAGGCUGGGUGAGCGUUUGUUUGUGCCGGCGGUCUGUGGGAGCGUCCAGUGUGUUCUGGCCAUAUGGGCUGAAGCCUGUUCCCACUCUGGCCUGUACCCGCUAAUCGCCCGUUUCCUCCCAAUGGUCAGUGUGAGCUUGGGUCACCUGUUUGCACUGAGUAUACCAGGCUCCAUCCAUGUCUCCUGCCUUCUGACUGUGCUCACUUUUGCCUCAGUCACCGUCACAGAAUGUAAAGGACUUCAUGCGAUGGAGCCGCUGGAGUAUGUCUUCUCUCCCCUCAGCCUUGUCCUCCACAGCCUCUCUCUUGCCUGGCUAGCCAAAGUCUCCCAAACGGAACGAGGCCAUACCUCGACCUUUGACCUUUACUACACUCUGACAGUGACACGUACCCUCUUAUUAGGGUUCCUAUGUGUUUUGCACCCUGAUGGACCAAAGGCACUGAUUCAUGGCAACUGGCACAGUCUGCUGUUUCUGGGAUACAUGCUCGGGAUGUUACUGCUGGGUGCUGUGCAGCUUCUCUUUGUGGAUGUAACGGCGCUGUAUUUUUCUGCUCUCCCAGCAGCCGUGCUGCAUGCGACCAGAGGGCUGGUUCUACCCCUGUUCAGUCUGCUAUAGGACAUACGGACUAAUCAGAGUGUAGAUCAUUCUGAAGAGGAACAGUCUAUGUAGAGUAACCAAUCAAAUACCUGAUACCAUGAUUGAUAAUAACAGUAUUAGAACUUAAUUUAUAGGCAUGACAACCUCAUAUAUAUAUUAUAAUUAAUAUGGUAAUACUACCAGCAAGCACUGAUGUGCGACUCCUUUCUUCACUUGCACUGAAACUACGACACAACUAAGACACACAUCCUACAAAUGGGGUGUUUUCAUGAAGGAGCUGAUACUUAAGUUCUGGAAUUAAAUUAUACAGGUAAAAUACAGGUUUCUCUGACCAGCUUUUUUUGUACAGACUAAAUUAUUAUUUCUAUGUAUCAGCUAUAAAAAAUUAUAUAUUUUGCAUAAAGAAGUGUAAGCCUUUUUAGGACCUUUAGGGUAUAUCCUAAACCACAAUUCUUAAUUCUCAUUACGGCAAUGCAAAAACGAUGUUAUGGUUGUCUAUUAAAAAGUCAGACAGUAAAAUAUUCAUUACUGUAUCUGUAAUGAAAAAUACAAACUAAAAAAAUAAAACAUAUGGACGCAUUACAGUAAUGAGAAUGUAGA